AUGGAUUUGAUGCUUCCUUCAGAAAUUCUGACAGAAAUCCUAAGUUAUUUAUCCAUCAAGGAUUUGGUGCGCAUAGAACGUACCUGUAAAUUACUUCAAUCCUAUGCUUUAUCUGAAAUUGAAAGGAGAAUCAGAAGAGGAUCCAGCAAAGAUGAAUGGGGCAUACUGAUCCAUCUUGGCCAAGUUAUGGCUCAGCCCAUUCGAUUUGAUCCAGUGUCAAAAAUGGCAUAUUAUUCCAUCAUGAUGGAUCCAGUCAAGAUAAAGACCAUGUUUGACCACAAGAGACCUAUUCACUGUUCACUCUUACGGAAGAACAAUAGUGACUAUGGUUCAAAGAAUGCAUUUAUUAUCACAGUAGAAAAAGGCAUGAAAGAAGGAAAGACGAUACAGAUGGAUAUAAAAAACGAUUUAUGUCAAGUGCAAGCAGAGCUAACUAGACUACCUACACCUCCACCUUCUCCAGAACUACAAAAACAAGAUUAUUUCAAGACAGAUUCCAUUAGUUCCUUAGCACCAGCACCUUUAACAUAUACCCUACAAAUCACCGAACUUUGUUUACCUCUAUCCACCAUUGCUGCAUAA